AUAUACACACCACUGGAUCACUUUUCUGUACUGAGCAAAAAUGUUGGCCGAGUUCCAGAAAAAAAGUCUAGCUCAUUGGUGCGCAGGUCAAACUUAUUUGGGUUAUUAAAUUGAGGUGCCGAUAUAAAUAACACCAUUUUGUAGAGGAAAGAUCGCGAGUGAGCAUAAAUGUUUAUAAGACACUUCACAAACUACGGAUUUAUUAUAAUUCCGUGGACCAGUUGAUACACAAUGGUGCAUGGAUUAACUAUGACAAAUAUACCUUAUGCAGCAGAACAUUACAUCGGUGGUCCAAAAAUGACAGCUUUAUCAAGUCCAGCCGAUAAUAAAAAUUCUUAUCCCAUUAAACACAGUGUCAUGGUACCAUUAGAAAAACUAAUGAAAUUGCAGACAAUGUGCUAUAAUUAUGACCAGUUCCAGAAAGCGAGGGAAGGAGCAGAAAAUGACGUAGUAUUAAAUGUGACGUCAGUGGAUGGGUCUUCAGACUCAUGCAGCAAUUCUUCAAAAUCUGAAGCUGAUGAAAUUGAUGUAGAAAUGUUGGAGGAAAAUUUCCCUGAAUCUCAUGUUAAGGACUUAAAUUCUGUGUCGACUCAACAAAUAAUGACCAACCAACGUGACACAUUCCAUGAAAACACACCGUCUCCAGUCAAUGAUGCCUCCGCACAGUCUCAUAAACAAGGUGUCUCUAGUAAAGGCAAAGGGCGAUCUGUUAAAUCAGAAUCUAUAGAUGGACAUAUUUUAUGCAAGAUAUGUGGCGACAAGGCUUCAGGCUUUCACUAUGGGGUAUUUUCAUGUGAAGGAUGUAAGGGAUUUUUCAGACGAACAGUUCGACAAAAACUCGUGUACAAACCGUGCGAAAAUCCAAACGGCUGCUUGAUCAUGCGUAUAAGCAGGAAUAGAUGCCAGUACUGUCGUAUGCAAAGAUGUAUCAUGGCGGGCAUGUCUCACGAAGCUGUACGAUUGGGAAGAUGUCCUAAAAAAGACAAGCCAAAGAAAAUGGAUUUUUUUAAGCUGCCUCAGAAUAAGCAUGGAAAAGUUGACAUUGAUAAACAGAUCCGAUCGGAACAGAUGGUCUUGACGAUACAUGAUGCUUUCCGAACAGCCAUUAAAGAUUGUUUAACAUCGACAAGAUCGACCUCGUUCAAACAUCUCAGAAUAACGUCUGAAAACGAGGCGAGGAAAUUUUGUUCUCAAUAUGUGACAGAUAUGGUGCGUUUCAUCUCAGUUUUUGCUCGUGAAAUACCUCAGUUCACUCAAAUGGACAUAAGUGACCAAAAGACUCUCAUAAAACAUUGUAUUCUGGAAUCCAUUAUCAUCCAUAGUGUUAGCCUCUCCCCCUCAGACAUUGAGGAACAGGUCAAAAGUUUGGAAGAUAGUGACACAGUCUGUCAUGGCCCUCUGACCAAACUUAUCUCCGAGGUCGUCUCUUGUGCACAGAAGUUACACGCCUUAAAGUUGACCGAGGUGGAACUUGCCAUACUAGCAGCCAUGCUUCUGUUCUGUGCAGAUCGAGAAGACUUGAAGUGUUCAGAGGUCCUUGAAAAAAUGGAGAUAGAACUUUACUUGGCUCUCAAAUGUCAGUUCCUGUUAAACCAUACUGACAAGACUUCAAAUUUAUUUCCUAAAAUUGUGGAAAUUAUAUGCAGCAUUCGUGCUAUAAGCACUCUUUACAUGGAUGACAUAAUGAACUCUAAGGUAGAAGUAGAUGAUACGGUAUGCUGACGAACAGUAAAGAACUGGAAUUCUCCAAAAUAUUCUAAAACGUAUAGUAUUUAUUUCGACUGGAAUUUGUCAUUUUUUUUUCCAGUUUGUUGUUAUUAAAAAUAGUCCAUAACCUAACCCGUAACAAGAGAAGUAGAGCGGAAAAUCUUGCAUGUCAGAACUACAUUGUGUUAACCUUGUUACCAGCUUUAACUGGUAGGAGCAGGUCAAGUGUUCCAAUUACUGUUUCAAGCCUUUUAUCAUGUUUACACAUUUGUCUAUACAGGUAUUUAAAGUACUGCAUUGAUAACGAUACCAAUGGAAUAAACACUGUUCUUUGUAUGAUACCUGAUCUGGUUUUCC